CAUGUUUAGGUUUCUGGUGGCAGGGUCUGGGUAAGGGGCGGCAGGCGCCAUGUCCGGCCACGAAGGUGGCAAGAAGAAGCCACUGAAACAGCCCAAGAAGCAGGCCAAGGAGAUGGACGAGGAAGACAAGGCUUUCAAGCAGAAACAAAAAGAGGAGCAGAAGAAACUCGAGGAGCUAAAAGCGAAGGCCGCGGGGAAGGGGCCCUUGGCCACAGGUGGAAUUAAGAAAUCUGGCAAAAAGCAAGCUGUUCCUUGUGCCUGAGGAGAUGGUGACCCUUUAUUUCAUCCGUAUUUAAACCUCUCUAUUCCCUGCCAUAACAUCUUUUGCCACGUAUAGCUGGAAUAAAGUGUUAUCUUGGAGCUGUUGUACAUUUAAAAAUAAACUUUUGUAAAAAAAAAAAAAAAAAUCUUACAGUGGCUCAUCAUCUCUUUAGUUGUUUUCACUAAGUCAUUCCUACCAUAACUGUGAAUUUAAAAGUAAAACCAGCUCAGAAUCUUGCCAGAGUCUGCUCUUUGGUCCUUGUUCUACCCUAAACUUUGUAUCACCUGAAAUUAAACCAACUCCUUUGAAAAAAAAAAAAAA